AUGAACUUCGACUCUGAUGGUGAAGCCCUAGAUCCGCACCUGUUCACAAGGACUUGGUGUCGCCCAGUGCCGUCGGUGGAAUGGCUGGACAACAACGGCCAGCCGAUCAGCGAUUCUGAGCGAUUCGAAAUACAAAACGUCGGACUGAGCACAGUUCUGACCAUCAGACGUCUACGAAUAGAAGACCGCGGGGAGUUCAAGCUGAGAAUACGAAACCGAUGCGGCCAAGAUACAUUCCCGAUCGGUAUUCAGACGGCUCGAAAAGCCGAAAAAGUAUGGGCUCGGGAUUUGAUUGCCAUAAGUGUUGUUGUUGAAAACUUCUGA